ACUACUUAGUAUUAAUUAAAAAAAAAAAGGUUGUCUUUUGCCUAAAUUUAAGAAGAUCUGACAAUGAAGCAGCACCUUCAAUUCUUGAGUCACUGUCCUAUGAGGAAGAGGGAGGAGAGUGGAAAUUGAGAACUUAAAGAAAAAGUUGCUUUUUUUUUCUUCACAAAAUACAACAACCCCUCUUCCUCUUUAGACCCAAAAUCUAGGGAAAAAGCAAGAUUUUGAGGUUUUUUGAUAAUUUUAGGAGGUGGGUGUGAAUCUUUUUUGGGUAAAUUUAUAGUGGGAUCAAGAAUGGUGUGUAUAACUGAAGAUAUGAUUAAGCAAUUGCAGACUUCAAUGGAUGAAAUUGCUGAGCCACUUCAGAAAACUUUCCAGAAUGUAUAUCAGGGGUAUCGAACCGAGACACUGGUGAGGUUUCUCAAAGCUAGAGAUGGCAGUGUGUCUAAAGCACACAAGAUGCUUGUUGACUGUUUAAAUUGGAGGAUAGACAAUGAGAUCGAUCAGAUACUUGCAAAGCCAAUUGUACCCACUGAUUUUUAUAGAGGAGUGAGGGACACUCAGCUUGUGGGGAUGUCUGGAUAUACAAGAGAGGGUCUUCCCGUCGUUGCUGUUGGAGUAGGCCUCAGCACAUACGACAAAGCAUCGAUUCACUACUAUAUUCAAUCACAUAUCCAAAUGAAUGAAUACCGUGACCGUAUAAUAUUGCCGUCUGCAUCAAAGAAAUUUGGGCGGUAUAUUGGGACCUGUGUUAAGGUUUUGGACAUGACUGGUCUAAAGCUUUCUGCGCUAAACCAAAUUAAGCUCUUAACUGCUAUAUCUACCAUGAUGACCCUAAAUUAUCCUGAGAAGACAGAUACAUAUUACAUUGUUAAUGCUCCAUACAUAUUCUCAGCCUGCUGGAAGGUUGUGAGACCUCUUUUACAAGAAAGAACUAAAAAGAAAGUCCAAGUGCUCUCCGGCUCGGGAAAAGAUGAACUGUUGAAGAUAAUGGAUUAUGCAUCGCUACCACACUUUUGUAAAAGAGAAGGCUCGGGUUCAUCUAAACAUGGUAGAAAUGGUACAAAUGAUAACUGUUUCUCCUUUGAUCACGCUUUUCAUCAGCAACUCUAUGAUUAUACUAAGCAACAAGCUCUAGCAUUAGAGGCUGUAGCACCAAGCAAAGAAGGAUCUGUCCAUGUGACCUUACCUGAGCCUGAUCCAGAUGAUGCAAAGAUUGCUGAAACAAUUGAAUCCACAUUCCAUAGAAUGGGGGAGAAAAACGGAAUUUGUCAAUCAUUUCAUGAAAUAAAGAUCAAUGGCGAUUGAAGCUGAUUCGCUGUAGUCUUGGUAACUGCUUAUUUUGAAUCCAGACGAGAGGAUUUAAGUAAGCGUUGUUAUAGUACUAAUAUGGCUUGCAUCAUCUCGAUGCAGGAUUUAGUUAGAAGCUAAGUUGUAACAUGGCAUUUACGCUACCUUGGAGUGGACUAUCAUAUGAAUAGUCAAAAAUGUUUAUGCUCCCCACAAAGUAUUUUACGCGAAUUUCGCUGAUUUGAUCUGAUUUUUGCUGCUGCUUUCAUGA